AUGCCGCAGCUUAAAGAUCACCUCCUCUCUCGCCUGCUAGACCUUCCUUAUGAUGGUGAGGAGCAUACAUUCUCUGAUGCAGAGAGCAAUACUGUCACCAUUAUUGGCGGGAAGAUAUACAAGCAUAAGAAUUUUCGCAUUAACUAUACGACCUAUGACUUGCGUCGCAGCCAGGACUGUGUCAAUCCGCGCAGUGAGGCUCCCGACAUCAUGGUCCUCGCUCAUGAAGACAGCGAUCACCCCUAUUGGUACACCCGUGUUCUUGGGGUCUUCCAUGCGAACAUCUGCCACUCGGGUCUCAGGUCACGCGACCCGUCACCUCAGCAUAUUGAAUUCCUCUUCAUACGAUGGUUCGGCCGUGAUUUAACAACUCGAACAGGAUGGAAUGCGCGUCGCUUACCGCGAAUUGGAUUUAUUGAUGCUGACGAACCCGGUGCAUUCGCCUUUCUUGAUCCUCGUCACGUUGUUCGAGCAAUUCACACUAUACCCGCGUUUGCACAUGGACGCACGGAUGAGUACCUGCGGCCCUCAAUCGCAAGGCAUCCUCGAGAAUGUGAUGAGGAUUGUGUCACGAGUUGA